AGUGAGUGGGAUGCUCAAUUAAAACUAAGAUUAAAUAGAUUUAACGUUGCAAUAUUACAUCCACAUAUAAGUGACACGUUCGCAUCCUACGUCACACGUGUGUAUGUAUUUGUACGUUCGUACCCUGUUGCGUCCGUAUAUGUACGUGUAUGUAUAAAUUCAAAUUUCAACGACUUCUUUUUUUCUCCCCUACGCAGUAGAAGAGAUGGCUUCCAUCAGUACGGAAUCGCCGGCGAAUCUAAAUCUUCUAGAGAACGGCGGUGGAUGCUGCAACUGCGGCGGAGACGGCGUAGGGAGACGGAGGAAGGAUACGGCGGCGAUAUCGAGACACGGCCGUUCGGCGCACAAUCUGUCGUCGUCCUCGUUGAGGAAGAGAUCGGAUCUGAAGCUGAUCUCGCGAGUCCCAUGCGCUUCGGUAAGGAGGUUUCUGGGUAACCUACAAGAGGUUCUUCUCGGCACGAGGCUCUGUCUCCUCUUCCCUGCCGUUCCUCUCGCCGUCCUCGCUCGCCAGUACGGAUUUCCUCGAGCCUGGAUAUUUGCACUGAGCUUGUUGGGACUGACGCCUCUCGCUGAGCGUAUCAGCUUCCUCACAGAGCAAAUUGCUUUUCGUACUGGCCCGACAGUCGGGGGACUGCUGAAUGCGACGUGUGGGAAUGCAACGGAGUUAAUAAUAGCGAUACUGGCUGUGGGCCAAAGCAAAAUCCAACUGGUGAAGUUCUCACUUCUUGGUUCCAUACUCUCCAAUCUCCUCCUGGUACUUGGCACUUCCCUCCUCUGUGGCGGCCUUGCCAACCUCCACAAAGAACAGCAUUUCGACCGGAGAGAAGCUGGCAUGAACUCUCUGUUGUUGUAUCUGUCUCUGUUGUGCCACACGCUACCAAUGUUGCUCAGAUUUUCGGAAGGGUCAGAUGCCAUUGGGAGGCUCAACAAAGACACUCCGCUUCUGUUGUCCAGAGUUAGCAGUUUACUAAUGCUCUUCACCUACUUUGCCUACCUCAUCUUCCAUCUCUGUUCUCACCGCCAAAACUCUGUGUCUCCCGAGGAGGAGGAGGAGGAGGAGGAGGAGGAUGUUUACGAUGAUAAUGUGAGGGACAUGGAAGAAGCGGUGAUUGGGUUCUGGAGUGCUCUUGGGUGGCUCCUUGGUAUGACAUUCAUCGUGGCUUUACUCUCCCAGUAUGUCGUAGGCACGAUCGAGGAUGCAGCCAAUUCUUGGGGGUUAUCUGUGGCUUUCAUUGGAAUCAUACUGUUACCCAUUGUGGGCAAUGCUGCUGAGCAUGCAGGAGCUGUGAUUUUCGCUUUCAGGAACAAACUGGAUAUAACUCUGGGAGUUGCUUUGGGAUCUGCAACACAAAUCGCCUUGUUCGUGGUCCCAGUAUCAGUGGUAAUCGGCUGGGGAAUGGGGAUUGAGAUGGACCUCAAUUUCGAUCUCGUGGAGACGGCUUGUCUCGCUUUGUCCAUUGUAGCCACUUCCCUCACUCUGCAGGAGGGUUCUUCUCAUUACAUGAAAGGAGCUGUCCUUCUCUCGUGUUAUGUUGUCAUCUCAUCCUGCUUCUUCCUGUCACCUUCACCCCCAACUCAAACUAUUACCACCGGUCAGACAUUCACGGUGCCCAUCUUCAGAUACUCACAGUAACAGGGCCGAGGGAUAAAAAAAACACAGGACGGGAACGGGGAGGCUGAUUCAUUAUUUGAUCUUUCAAGGUUCUUUUUUUUGCCCCCCACCUUCAAAUCGCGUUUUCAUGCACUAUGUAUUCAAGUGUUUGUGUGCAUUGGUUUGCCAAUGUCGUACAUUAGAUGUUAUCAUUACAAGAUAGGUGUGCUUAUUACCUUGCAUACCUGUGUGUGUUUCCCUGUCUUUGUUCAUAUCAUUUCCGGGUUACAUGCGGCAUGGAUUCAUACCUUCCAUGUUUGUGAAUAAAAAUUUCCUAUUCCCAUGAAUAAA